CGACAAAGUGGGACCGGAAGUCGGUUCCGCGUUAGCUUAGUUCGUCUUUAACAGUAACUGUUCUAAAGUGAGAGUCUGAAAUACGUCUUUUAUAAGACUUUAAUGAUAAGUACUGUAUAUAGAUACUACCUACAACUUCUAGUAAUAUUAAAAGCAAAUCGCGAAAACGUCCCAAAUUGUUAGCCUAGCUUGGCGCACCUGUUGCCGGAAGUGACUAUUAUGACUCGGAAGUGACAGUUAUGACUCCCUAAAGUGCCAAAAUAAGUUCACGAGUCGAGACGUUUGGCUGUCAAAUGAGGGCAGUUGGCGCAGAACCGGAGACGAGCGGAGCAGCUGACGACUCCAUCACAGCAGGUGUGGGAGCGAGACACGCGUGGAGGUGAAGGUGAAGGUGUGUGGAGAAAGGCUCAGGUGUGCGUGACCGGAAAGCGAAGAUGCACACUCAACUGUGCGCCAUCGCCGGCAUCGAACCCUCUCACAGACCCGCUAAACGGCCAGCUAAUUACCGAUGGGAGGCGGACGGAGAAGAAGGAUUAUGUGAACAUGUCAGUCUGUCAACACCUACUCUGGACACCAUCUCCGCCUUUUAACGAGUGCAUCUUGGACUCUUAUCAGCUACUGAGACUCAGCCAAGAGCUUCUGUUACGUUUCCCAGCUUGCACUGCUCUGUCUCUCUUGGGCCCACGUUGAAAUCCGAAGCCUCGGAAGAGAGAGAACAUGGAAAUCUGAAGACUCGAAGAGAGGGAUGAGUUCAAACAAGAUAGCGUAGCAAAUAACACUUUUGCUAUGGCCAGCAAAACCCUUUCCAGGACAAGUAGGUACCUGUGAUAGCCGCUUUUUUUUUACGACGUUGUCGCCUCACUAAACGGAGCGAGAUGAUGCUGUGGCUUCUUCUCAUUUCCAUCUGGAUGGCCCCUGAGCAAAGUGACUCCGCCCAGUCCAAUGAACGGCGAGUGGUAGCCCACAUCCCUGGGGACAUCAUCAUUGGAGCACUGUUCUCUGUGCAUCAUCAGCCUCCUGCAGACAAGGUCCACGAACGCAAGUGCGGCGCCGUCCGAGAGCAGUACGGCAUCCAGCGGGUGGAGGCCAUGAUGUACACGCUGGACCGGAUCAACGCGGACCCUCACAUCCUCCCCAACAUCACCCUCGGCUGUGAGAUCCGCGACUCCUGCUGGCACUCCGCCGUGGCCCUGGAGCAGAGCAUCGAGUUCAUCCGGGACUCGCUGGUGUCUUCCGACGAGGCGGAGGAGUGGGGCGCAGGAAGCCCCUGGGGGGGAGGAGGAGGAGGAGGCGGUGCGUCGAUGAAGUGCGCCGACCCCUCUGCCACGCCCAUGCGAGGGAAAAAACCUAUUGUGGGUUUAAUUGGGCCAGGAUCCAGCUCAGUGGCCAUCCAGGUCCAAAACCUGCUGCAGCUGUUCAACAUACCACAGAUUGCCUACUCUGCCACCAGCAUGGAUCUUAGCGAUAAGAGCCUGUUCAAGUACUUCAUGCGGGUGGUGCCCUCAGACGCCCAGCAGGCAAGAGCCAUGGUGGACAUAGUCAAGAGAUACAACUGGAGCUACGUUUCUGCCAUAAACACUGAAGGCAACUACGGCGAAAGCGGGAUGGAGGCGUUCAAGGACAUGGCGGCCAAAGAGGGCAUCUGCAUCGCUCACUCUGGCAAAAUCUGGAGCAAUGCCGGGGAGCAGAGCUUCGACCGCCUGGUGGAGAGGCUGCGGGCCCACCUGCCCAAGGCCAGGGUGGUGGCCUGCUUCUGCGAGGGCAUGACCGUCCGCAACAUCCUCAUGGCCAUGAGGCGCCAGGGACUGGUGGGAGAGUUCCUUCUCAUCGGCAGUGACGGCUGGGCAGACAGGUACGACGUGACGGACGGCUACGUGAAAGAAGCCGCCGGAGGAAUAACCAUCAAACUGCAGUCCGCUGACGUGAAGUGGUUCGACGACUACUACCUGAAACUGCGCCCGGACAACAACCACAGGAACCCCUGGUUCACCGAAUUCUGGCAGCAUCGCUUCCACUGUCGCCUGAAGGGUCACCCGCAGGAGAGCAGCAAGUACAACCGCACCUGUAGCAAGCGAGAGUCUCUCCGCCAGCAGUACGCCCAGGACACCAAGAUGGGCUUCGUCAUCAACGCCAUUUACUCCAUGGCGUACGGCCUGGACAACAUGCAGCGCACUCUGUGCCCGGGCUACCAGGGCCUGUGUGACGCCAUGAGGCCCAUCGAUGGCGCUACGCUGCUGGACUUUCUCAUGAAAACUAACUUCACCGGAGUGUCCGGGGAAGGAAUCCUCUUUGACGAGAACGGAGACUCGCCCGGCAGGUAUGAAAUCAUGAACUUCAAGAAGAUGGGCAAGGACUACUACGACUACAUCAACGUGGGCAGCUGGGACAACAGAGGCUUGAGGAUCGACGACGACGAGAUCUGGUCCAGCAAGGACACGGUCAUCAAGUCCGUGUGCAGUGAGCCCUGCGACAAGGGUCAGAUCAAGGUGAUCCGUAAAGGUGAGGUGAGCUGCUGCUGGACUUGCACGCCCUGCAAGGAGAACGAGUUUGUGUUUGACGAGUACACCUGCCGAGCCUGUGAGCUGGGCUCCUGGCCCACCGACGACCUCACAGGAUGUGACCCCAUCCCAGUGGAGUACCUGCGGUGGGGAGACCCCGAACCCAUCGGCGCCGUGGUCUUCGCCUGCCUGGGACUGAUGGCCACCUUCUUUGUCACCGCCGUUUUCAUCAGGUUCCGAGACACCCCCGUGGUGAAGUCCUCCAGCAGAGAACUGUGCUACAUAAUACUGGCCGGCAUCUGCUUGGGCUACCUGUGCACCUUCAGCCUCAUCGCCAAACCCCACGUGGUCCAUUGCUACCUCCAACGUCUGGGCAUCGGUCUGUCGCCCGCCAUGAGCUACUCUGCGCUGGUCACCAAGACCAACCGCAUCGCACGCAUCCUGGCAGGCAGCAAGAAGAAGAUCUGCACCAAGAAGCCUCGCUUCAUGUCCGCGUGCGCCCAGCUGCUCAUCGCCUUCCUGCUCAUCCUGCUGCAGCUGGCCAUCAUUGUGGCCCUCUUCCUCAUGGAGCCCCCGCAGGUGAUCCACGACUACCCCAGCAUCCAGCAGGUCAACCUCAUAUGCAACACCAACAACUUGGGUGUGGUGGCCCCCCUGGGGUACAACGGUCUGCUCAUCCUCAGCUGCACCUUCUAUGCCUUCAAGACCCGCAACGUUCCCGCUAAUUUCAACGAGGCCAAGUACAUCGCCUUCACCAUGUACACCACCUGUAUCAUCUGGCUGGCCUUCGUCCCCAUCUACUUCGGCUCCAACUACAAGAUCAUCACCAUGUGCUUCAGCGUCAGCCUCAGCGCCACCGUGGCGCUUUGCUGCAUGUUCGUGCCCAAGGUGUACAUCAUUCUGGCCAAGCCGGAGCGUAACGUGCGCAGUGCCUUCACCACCAGCACGGUGGUCCGCAUGCACGUGGGAGAUGGGAAGUCCUCCUCGGCCGCCAGCCGCUCCUCAAGUCUGGUCAACCUGUGGAAGCGGCGAGGCUCCACCGCCGAGACUCUCAGCUCCAACGGCAAGUCGGUGUCGUGGGCGCAGACGGAGCGCAACCCUUCCCAGGGGAACCACCUGUGGCAGCGUCUGUCCUUCCACAUCAAGAAGAAGGAGAACAACCAGACCGCCGUCAUCAAGCCCUUCUCCAAGACCUCCGGGGAGCGCUACUGCGGGGGGGCCGGCCUGCCGCCGCACAUGCCCCUCCCCUCCCUGCCAUCCAUCUCCUCCCUGACCUCGCACGGCGACGGCGGCGGCGGCGGCGACAAGAGCCUCUACGAGCUCUCCGAGGCCGAGGAGAGGUGCUCCCUCACCUAUUGCCCGCAGACCCCCUCGCCCAUCAGCACGGUCAGCCAGAGGCUGGGCGCCGGCCUGGAGGAGGAGCCUCAGACGGCCAAGUACGCCGGCAGCGUGUGCAGCCAGAGCAGCGGCAGCAGCCGUAGCGGCGGCGAGGGUCGCCUGGUGGUCCUGGAAGGUCUGCCGGUGGCGUGCCAGGGCAACUUGAUGGAUCAGAUCAGCUGCGUGGUGAACCGCUUCACCGCCAACAUCAGCGAGCUCAACACCAUGAUGCUGCUGUCCUCGCCGGCGCACAAACAUUCGCCGUCCCCGCCGCACCCCACCGACCCCUACCUGCUCCCGCGGGAGCUCCACACGCCUCCGUCCCUCGCCACCUACGCCGACAUCCAGCCCCACGCCCUCGGCGAGUCCAGUCUGGGGCGCCGGGGCGGUUGCCCCGUUCACCCUUACCCUCUCCCGCCUCCUCACCCGCAGUCCUCGCCUUCUCCCUCCCCCAUGCGAGGAGGCCCGCUCACCCGCCUCAUGGACUCCCCGCUGAGGCGGGCAGAGUUGGAGGAGGAGCUCAUCGCUUUAACCCCGCCCUCGCCCUUCCGGGACUCCCUGGCAUCCAGCAGUAGCUCGGCCGUGUCCGACUUAGAUCUGAUCCUGCCCCCGGUCCCCUCCCAUCCGCCGCCGUCGCCGCCCUCGCCCCGGUACUGUAGACUCGGCCUUAGAAACUACAGCCAGAGUUCCUCGUCACUGUGAAGGGGGAGGAGCCUGUCGUGGAAAGGAUCCGCCUUCACCCCCGCCAGGCGUGGACGCUUUGUGUUGACCUGCCGGAGGGAAAAUGGUGGCUUUGAGCAAACAUGGCUGUCAGCUAAUUAGACUUAGCAAAUGGUGCACUUGUGAGUAUACGCGCUAGGUGUUCGCCUUCAUGGAGGUCUUCGGAAAGAGCGCUCAAAUUGGUUUUUUGCCUCAUCCCCCUACUUAAAGCCUGUCCGAAGAAGGCGCUACCGACCCGACAAGUCGGAAAGAGAGAGAGAUGAUACAGUAUUAACUGCCCCCGCUGGUGGUUUGAGCACACUGCAGCUACGCCUGGAUAACACUGGUCGUGCGCAGGAUUCUCACAGGAAUGAGGCAACAAUAGGGAAAAGACUGAAAGGGCACACGUACGAGUCGUUGGAUCCGCAGCUCUCAAGGAGUGAAAGUGUAAAUAUGGAAGUUAUGACUAGGGUUGGUCAUCCGUUGAAUUUGAACGAUUCCGAUUCCUCGUUUUUUUCGAUUCCGGUUCCGAGCGAGUACGGUUCCUAAAUAGGCAGUUUCGUCAUGGAAGUUUAAAUGAGGACAUUAAUUAGAGUUAUUUUUGGAUGAAAUGUCCCCCUUCAAAAAUAAUACACAAAUAAUAGAAAUAUAUUUGUUAUUUACAGUAACUGCAAACAUGGCCGUGAACGUUAACGCAGAAUUGUCCGGUUGAUUAAAAAAAAAAAAAAACUCAAACUAAAAUUAUAAUUAUUAUUCUCUCAUUUAUAUACUUUUUUUCUUGAGUGUUUUGGUGUUAUUGCAAUAUUGUUUGCUUUAAAAACCUCAUGAAAAAACAUAUUUUGUUGUUU